CCUCUGUAUUCGAGUUCCAUGAGAAGAGGUCCAUAAAAGAAAGAAAAAGAAAAAGAAAAUACAGGUGGGCAAAGGAGGGAGAGAGAUGAGAACUCUAGGUGUAAAACCCUCGUCACUUUGGUGUUCAGUUACUCCAUUUACGACUUCUCUUGCCAUUAAAAAUGGUUUCUCCAAUUUUCUCCUUAAUCCAAAGACAAUUUCUUUUAAUCAAAUUCCCAAACCCACUGCCGUAUCUUUCCGUUCUCCUCUUGUUGUCAUGGCUUCUACAUCUCGGUCAGUGCAGACAGUUUCUUCGGGAAAUGUUAAUAGUGAAUCCAAUGUUUAUCAAGUGAUUCAAUCUCAUCAGGAAAAAGCUGCUCGGCUUCCGGCUAUUGAAGAAGUUCGAACUGUAUUGGACCGUAGUGUUAGGGGCAUGCUUUCAACUUUCUCCCUGAAAUACGAGGGGUAUCCAUCUGGUUCGAUGGUUGACUUUGCAUGUGAUCGUGAUGGAUCUCCAAUACUAGCAGUCAGUAGCUUGGCUGUUCAUACUAAGGACCUCUUGGCUAAUGCCAAAUGCUCUCUACUUGUUUCAAAGGAUCCUGAAGAUCGAACUGAUCUAGUAAUCACUGUACACGGUGAUGCUACUUUGGUGUCUGAAAAUGAAAGGGAUGCCAUACGUACUACAUACUUGAAACGACAUCCAAAAGCUUUCUGGGUCGACUUUGGGGAUUUCCAAUUUAUGCGUAUUGAACCUAAAGUUGUUCGCUAUGUAUCUGGAGUUGCAACUGCUUUACUAGGAUCAGGAGAGUUUAACAAAGAGGAUUUCAAAGCUGCAAAAGUUGAUGAAAUAUCUCAGUUCUCAAGUCCUGUUGCGACACACAUGAACAGUGAUCAUUCAGAUGAUACAAAAGCCAUUGUUCAACACUCUACCAAAAUUCAAGUGGACUCUGCUUACAUUCUGGACUUGGACAGUUUGGGUUUUAAUGUGAAGGCUGGUGUUGAAGGGAGUACUUUCAAACUAAGAAUUCCAUUUCCUAGGCGUGCAGAGGAUAGAAAGGAUGUGAAGACUCUCAUCGUGGAAAUGCUUCAAGCUGCGAAAGCCUCAAGUUAACCAACCAACUGGGGGACCAUAUGGUGUGCCUAGUUGGUCGAUUUAUAGCAAAAAUCCUAUGCCUGGUUUUGGUGUACAUAAACAACAUUACUUCAAGCAUUACAAAACAGAUCAGCUGGGUUCCGUCUGUUCUGGUUGCUAUUCAGCCUGCAAAUACAUCUUACUUUACCCAGAUUAAUUUGCUGUUCCAUAUUGGUGGCAUUGGGGUGUUCCAAGAGAUAUAUCCUUAUUUGGUCUGAAAUGUGAGGAACUAUCAAAUAUCUGAAUCUUGAUUUGGAAUAAGGAUUAGAAAACAAAUUUAAAAUGUAAAGUAAUAAAUGUGUUGUGUAAUUUGGUCAUUUUGUUUUG